GUGGGUUAUGAACUCCCAAUUUUUACCCCAGUACCUUUAUCUUACUUAUUCAUAAUAUGGUGCUGAGACUCAAACGCAGUGCCUCACAUGCUAGGCAAGAGCUCUACCACUGAGCCACAGCCUCGGCUCUAGACCAGAGUUUUGAUUGGCCUGAGCUGAACAAUGCCACUGUGAUGUCGGCCCACACCUGCUGUGAAAUGGAGGCUCCCAAGCCCCAGGCAUCAGUGGAGCUGCCGUCCAGAUACAGAUCAUGAGUGGCGGGUAUGAUCUCAACCUCUUUGCCAGCCCUCCCGACUGCAACUUCCUGUGCUCCGUCUGCCAUGGGGUUCUCAAGAGGCCAGUAAGGUUGCCAUGUAGCCACAUCUUCUGCAAAAAGUGCAUCCUCCGGUGGCUAGCCAGACAAAAUACCUGUCCAUGCUGCAGGAAAGAGGUGAAAAGGAAAAAGAUGGUCCAUGUGAAUAAACUCCGGAAAACCAUUGGCCGCCUAGAAGUCAAGUGCAAGAACGCUGAGGCUGGCUGUUUGGUGACAUGCCCCCUGGCCCAUCGCAAGGGGCAUCAGGACUCAUGCCCCUUUGAGCUGAUGGCCUGCCCCAACGAGGGCUGCUCUGCGCGAGUGCCACGUGGGGACCUGGCUGAGCACCAGCAGCACUGCCAGCAAGGUGGUGAGCAGCUUUGCCUCUUGGGCUGCGGGGCCACCCUGGGCCCAGCUGAACGUGCACGCCACAACUGCUACCGAGAACUACGCGAGGCCUGGAGCCAGCGCCAGGAGCGCAGCCGGACUCUGCUGCUAAGUCUGCUGCGGCGUGUGCGCCGGGUGCACCGCACCACCAACCUCAUCCGCCGGCAACUGGCCCAGCUAGGCAACUUCCUGGAGGAGGAUGACGCCCUGCUCCUGGGCACUGUGCAGGAGACGGAGGCCACCCCAGUGGGCACUACUGACGCUGAGGUGUGGGGGUCACAGGGCCAGCGUGCCUUGUAA